UGUUAGCUGACAUUAGCCAGCGGUCAAACCACUCCCGAGUGACUCACUCCGGAACUCUUUUUUUGGCGAAAAGGUGAAUUCGCAGGCGGCGAUGUUGAUGUAGGCACGCCGACAGCCGUUCAGAAGCGUCUGUGAGUGGGCUGAGACACGGACGUGUUGUGUUAUUAGCGAGCCGGAGCUCCGGAGGUGGAUGUUUUCCCAUGGAGGAAUCCUACUGUCAUUAAAGAGAGUCUACGAGAGGGCAAAGAGAGAGCAGAGGAGCUUCUCCCUCGGAUUCUUGGCCAUGGGGAACUGCAGCAAUCAUCACCUGGGGAUCCCUCCGGCCAAAGGGCCGCACGCUGUGGGCUGCACCGACUUCAUGAUGGACCACACUUCAAAGGGCAGCUUCUUCAGGCUCUACUAUCCUUGUCACGAGGCCGAGAAGGCAGAGAAACCCGACUGGAUCCCGUGCAGGGAGUAUUUCAACGGCCUGGCAGAUUUCAUGAAAAUCAACAGGAGCCUCAGUGAAAGGAUUUUUAACUACCUCUUUGGAUCUUUUAAGAUCCCUGCCCACUUGGAUGCUCCGUUCAAAUCCAAUGAGAAAUGUCCUGUGGUGAUUUUCUCGCACGGCCUGGGAGCUUUCAGGACUUUGUAUUCAGCUAUCUGUGCAGAGCUGGCGUCUCAGGGCUUCGUCGUGGCGUCCGUGGAGCACAGGGAUCAGUCGGCCUCGGCUACCUUCUUCUUUCACGAGAAGUCCGAGUCGCAGACCGCAAACCAGGAUUUGCCCAAAACGUCAGAUUCUGUCCAAAACAGCCUGGAGAGCGAGUGGAUGUACUACAGAGCGCUGCAGCACGGAGAGAGCGAGUUCCCCCUCAGAAACAAGCAGGUGAAACAAAGAGCAGAUGAAUGCAUCUUGGCUCUGGACAGACUGACUGAGAUCAACUCGGGGAUCGCGGUGCAGAACGUCCUGCAGACGCAGUUUGACUGGACGACCCUGGAGAACUCGAUGGACCUGUGCCGGACGGCCGUGAUUGGACAUUCCUUCGGAGGAGCCACGGUGAUCGAAUCUCUGUGCAAAGAGGUUAAAUUCAAGUGCGGAGUGGCGCUGGACGCCUGGAUGGCGCCGCUGGACGACGAGACCUUCCCACGCGUGAAGCAGCCCAUCUUCUUCAUCAACUCGGAGAAGUUUCAGUGGGCGGGGAACAUCAGCCGCAUGAAGAAGCUGGAGUCCGCCGUCAUUCAGAGGAAAAUGAUCACCAUCAGAGGAACUGUCCACCAGAGCUUCCCCGACUUCACCUUCCUCACGGGAGACUGGAUCGGGAAGCUGAUGAAGCUGAAGGGGGAGAUCGACCCCGAGCUGGCCCUCGACCUCUGCAACAAGGCCACGCUGGCCUUCCUGCAGCGGCAUCUGGGCCUGGAGAAGAACUUCAACCAGUGGGACCCUCUGAUCGACGGGCAGGACGACAACCUGAUUCAGGGAACCAACGUGACGGUGAUCCAGUCGUCCAUCUGAAGUGCCCGAAGGCCCCGAGGCGCAGGCGAGCAGCAGCAGCCGGGGAAGCUCUACCUCACCAGCAGGACGGACGUGUGUUUCCCGACAGGAGCCUGAACGUGACGUACUUUCUCUUCUCGCCGUUGGUGGAGCCUCACUCUCCUCUUUUCAUCGUACAUAAAGCCGACAGGCGGAGACUCUCUGACUCCGAUCGACCGCCGUGCCUCUCUUUGGAUGUCCGGGUUUCCACGGGAGACGAGCGACUAUUGCUGUGUGAUUACGCGACAUGGACCUAUAAUGAGAACCGUAUGUAAGCAGUUGAAGAUCGAGGAGUCAUAACCUCCGUGAACAAGACGAACACUACUUCACACCGUGCCAUAACUCACUCUGCAGCUCCUCCUGGCUCAGAGACUUUUCUACACCUUCUGUCUGACAAAUCUGCAUUUGUACUGAAAUAAAUCCAGUUUCUACACAUUUCUCAGAAACGAGGAACGCUGCAUUAAUAGAUUUUCCUCAGAAUAGGAAGUCCUCAGGGCUCUGGCAUUAAAAUAAACAGUUUGACUAUGUUUCCCCUGAAAUGUCGAUGCCUGUCUGAAUAUAUUUCACACACCCUGUGCAAGUUUAUUUUCAACAAUUAGAAGAAAUCUCGGCAUUAGCAGGUUUAAUGGAUCAGCACUGACGAAAAUUAGAUUUUUAACAAUAAAUUAAUUUGCCUGAUGAGAUAUUGCAAGUCUUUUUUUCAGACUGAUUCAUGCCAUUUUGACGCUGAUGCACCAGGCUGCACUAAAACAAGCUCAUCUUUUUUAUUGUUUUCUUUGUAAAUAUCUUUUCAGAUUGUCCCGCGAGCCUGAUGUUUGAGUCUCAAUUAUAUAAAAUCAGGUUUAAUAGGGGUCAUGUAUCAAAGGUUCAUAUUCUCUUGAUCGCAUCUGGAUUAUCAUGCCAAUAUUUAAAAUUUCAGUAAAACAUUAUAUAGUCUUUUUUCCAACUGACUACAUUACUGUAACAGAUUACAAUAUAGUAAAACAGAAUACUGCAAAACCAUGUCGGCGAAGACAUGAAUAUAUCAAACAGCACCAGCCUCUGGUGUACUGUAGUUUCAUUUGUAUUUCACACAUGACCUUAUUCAGGCUCCUCUGUCCAUGUUUGAGUGUUUUGAGAUCAUUUCAGGUCAAUCAUCCAUCAUCCAUCCUUCCAUGUUGCUCCCCUUCCCUCCACGUGUACGUUUGCUCAUCUCUCCAUGUGUUGAAUGAACUGAUUGGUCCAGAAUGCUUUAGUUCAACAACAACUUUGGCAAGAAUGAUGAGGAAAAUGUUACAUCAGGAACUGUUUCGCCAGUUUCCCCUGGCAUCAACAGGAAGAAAACAAAGACAUUUUCUGAAAUGUCAGAGAAACGCCAGACAUAAUCUGUUAAACAUUGUUUGUGCCAAGACUCAGCGGCAAUCAUGACACCGUGUCACAUCAGAGUAAUUUCUGUCCUUCACGUUUGAUGUAGAAACAAAAAAACUUACACACGUUUCCAGAUAUAUUUCA